GAACAUGGGUUGCGCGGCUUCCACAGCAGAGAUUCCCAUCGAGCUGACAGCAAAUGCUGACAUCGAGAAGCUCAAGGUCUUCGACUCAAAGUUCAUCGUCCCUGAGGGAAAGAAUAUGAUGCUGCGCUUGAAGGCCAAGGUUUUCUCGUUCAGCGGUGACAGCUACAAGAUUGUGGAUGCAAAUGACUCGAGCAAAGUUGUUUUUCAAUGUCUUGGCAAGUUCCUGAAUUUUGAUAACAAGCGUGUCAUUUGCGAUGCGGACGGGGCUCCUAUUUUUGUCAUCAAAGAGCCUGUCAUGCAGUUGGACGAUAAACAGUACGUGUAUGCCACCGACUCCGAGGGCAAGCCCACGACUGAGAUCUUCCGUGUCGGCUCAAAUUUUGGCAACACCUCCCAAUACACGGAGAACCUGAAGAACGCAAAGGGAGACGCUAUUGAGCUCAAGGGCAAGAUGACACUGGUGAGCAUGAAGGGCGGCAUAUGGGUUGGUGAUCAGAAGACAGGGCAGCCCAUCGCCAAGGUUUGCAGCCCCGUUACAUACAAAGACUUCCUGCCUGACGAGUUUGAUCGCAAUGACUACCUGGUCGAGAUCCCUCCAGGUGUGGACAGUGCUCUGGUGUUGGCCAUGGUUCUGGCCUAUGAGCAGAUGGAGCAGUCCUAUGACUAUUAA